ACUUGCACACUCCCUAACGCCCACCAAGCGGAACCUUCUUCGCUCGCUCGCCAUUGGCCCAUUCUCCACCCACGCCGUGAAGAAGACGACCAGAAUCGGAACAGCGGAGGGAGUUAGAAGAGUCCAGGGAGAAGCCAUGGCCGGCAGGAGCUUCCCGAUCCGGUCCACCAAGGAGGAAGAGUCCAACGCCGUCGUGAGAGAGGCUGUCCUACUGGGGGCAAAGAACGCCGCGAUUGCUGGUACCUUGGUUGCGGUUCCCACGUUGGUUGGCUGCCGUGUCCUUCCUUGGGCUAAGGCUAAUCUCAACUACACCGCACAAGCACUCAUCAUAUCGGCAGCCUGUAUUUCUGGCUUCUUCAUCACUGCUGAUAAAACCAUUCUACGGAACGCAAGACAAAACACCAUCGGGAAGCUUGAUAAGUCCACUUGAUGCGGAGCUGUAGCUGUACCGGUUCUCCAAUUGCGGCGGAUGCUGAUUGGAAAGCACCAUUUCCCUUAUGCAGGGGCACCAUUUUCCUUUACCAAUCAGUAAUUUUUCGGUGUUAAGCUACUGAAACCUAAUGCUGUGCUGUGAAGCGUCGUUACCUGAUGGACCCAGCCAGGGUAUCUUUCCUCCCAAUUUGAAUUGGAAUAAAAGAUGGAGAUAUGCGUUACC